AUGAACGGUGUGCCCUCUCCUUCAAACGACAUCCCCCCUCCUCCACCGGCACACACAACUUCAUCUCGUCCCCAACAUCCACCAUUCGGAGUCGCGCCGCUAGGCCCCCAUCCCAAUCUAAAACCAGCAAAAGUCGCAAUCCCCCGGAAAACAGGCGGUAACAGCGGGACAUACCGCCGACAGCGCUCCGCGCGUGCAUGCGAACCCUGCCGCAACCGGAAAAUCAAAUGCGACGGCAACAAGCCCAUGUGUCGGCAGUGCGUGGAGCAGAAGAUCACAUGCAUGUUUCUGGACGUAAAGCGGGUAAGGGAGCAGAAGCAGUUAGGGACAUUGGGGGUGAAGGUUGAGAAGUAUGAGGAGUUGUUGAGGGAGUUGGAGCCGGAUGUGGAUAUUAUGGCUGCGAAGAAGAUUCGGAGAGCUUUGAGGCUUGAUGAUGAAUAUGAGGAGGGGUCGGACACGGCGAGUGAGACUUCGUCGUUGGGGUCGCUUGAUGCGAUUGAUCUUGUUGAGGAGGAUUUGAAUCGCAAUGAAAAGACUAGGGCGACGGGGUACUUUGGGAAGAACUCCGAGGUAGCAUGGAUGCAAAAACUCGAGAACGAGGCGAAACAUCGCAGUCACCGUGGAAUCCAGGAUAAUGAUCCGGCGUCUCAAUGUUCAGGGGGACGGCCGGACGUACCAAUCUCACUGAUGAGUUACUACCUAGACGACCUUGACGUCCCCAUGUUCCACGAAGUUGAUCCCUCCGCCGUGCCAUCAAAACACCUCGCUGAUAAAUACUUUUCGGCAUACAUGCUCGUCUUCCAUCCGUCAUUCAACGUUGUCCGCAGAAAGACGUUUACCUCGCAGUACGUACGCUUCAUCAGUGAACCGAGCAACAUUCGACCGCCGCGGAAAUGGCUGGCUGUGCUGAACAUGGUAUUCGCCAUCGGGUGUCACUAUUGUCGACUGACGGGAGAUGAUGUCGGUGAUGAUAGGGAUAGCCUGACAUUUCUAGCAAGAGCACGAAAGUUGAGUUUAACAGAGAAUGCACUCUUCGAACAUUCAGAUCUGCAGCAAGUGCAGGUGGAGUUUCUAGUUGCGUUUUACAUGCUGGCCCGAGGCCAGGUAAACCGCGCCUCCAAGUUCACAAACAUGGCCUUCCGCUCCGCCCUAUCCCUUGGAAUCAACCUCCGCUUCGUAGACGACUGGACCGACUACGCCGCUAAAGAAGCUCGCAGUCGUCUCUGGUGGUCUAUCUAUAUCCUCGAAAACUCCAUUGCUGGAUUGACGGGACGAGUCUCCUGCGCAGGUGAAAGUCUCAGCUCAGUGCCUUUACCAGUACCCUACGAUGAAGAAUAUUUUGACCGGCCGGACGUGCUAAAACUAUUUCAAGAUAUCUCGCUGCGCCAGAAAUAUCUCAAGCCAACGCUCUUUCAAUCAGAUGAGGAAUCGCGCGCACAUGGUGAAUGGCUUGAGAAAUGUGGCCCCAGUCCAUCGUCGUUCUUCUUCUGUUCUGUAGAUCUGGUCUUCAUCACGCAGGCUAUCCUCAACAAAGUCUACAGUAUAGAAGGCAUCCGUGAACGAUCCGGGCAAAUCGAGCAGCGCAUUCGGAAAUACGGGAUCAAACUGGAUAACUGGCUCUCCAAAGUCCCGUCAAUAUAUCGGUUCACGACGACUGGUGGACGGGAGGCAUUGAAUGAGGAUAUCAAUUCGUUGGCGACGAACGGUUUCGCAGGGAGUGGGGACAAGGAGAGGGAGAAAGAGAGGAGUUCGCGAGAGAGGUUCAGUCUCGCAAUGCACUUCUAUAGUUGCAAGAUAACCCUAUGCCGACCAUGCCUCACGCACGCAAACGCCAGAAACAUCGCCCCAUCCACAGACAUCGGUCCCAGCCAUACAGCCAACAGCGACGACGCCGAUAUCGACACUGACAACCUUAGCGGCACCGACGACGAUAACGACGACACCGACGACCCAACCCCCUCAACUAUCGGAACAAGCACCUACACUACCCAACCCGACAUCGCUGGCUCCAACCCAAUCCCGAACCUGCACAAAACCCCCAAUACCUCAAAGGCCCGCCGCGCCCGCUUCCGCACAGAAAUGUCCCUCUCCUGUCUCCGUGCCUCCUGCGCCCUCCUCUCCCUCCUCCCCAAUGAACCAGAUAUCCUCUCCCUAACCCGCCUGUCCCCAUGGUGGCACCACCUGCACUACAUAAUGCAAGCUACCACAGCACUGUUACUAGGACUGGGCAGUUGGCCCACGAGUCCCCCUGCAGAGGAAAAACUCAGUACGUCAAUGAAUCCACUUCCAACAUUACAAGUUGCGACAGUCGUUAAUUCUACCAAAAAAGCAUUGCGGUGGUUACACCACAUGUCCGUCCAUGGGGACCCCGCUGCUCGCCGCGCAUUUAUAUUAUCGGAUAGUUUUAUGCGGCGCAUAGCGCCAAAUCUAGGUAUCGACGUGAGCGACCUCCCCGAAGUCGAGACGUUACCUGUCACCAAGUCGCCAGCGGAGGGCAUGCCUGUUCCUGCUAGUGGAGUUGGGAGUGGUGUUGAAGGGCUGACUACGGAAAGUGAGGAGGCGGGGGACAGGGAAAGGGAGAUGGAGGUUGAGGGGAGAGGGAUGGUGGAGGAGAUGGAGGGGGCGGUGGCGAGAGGGGAGAUUGAUCGGGAGUGGGAUGGGGUUGGGGGGAGGAUUACGGGGGUUUAUCUGUUGUGA